UGCAGUGGCCAGAGCAAGACUGAUCAGAAGCCAGGAGGCAGGAGCUUCUUCCAGGUCUCCCACAUGGGUACAGGGGCCUAAGUACUUGGGCCAUCCUCCACUGCUUUCCCAGGCACAUUAGCAGGGAGCUGGAUGGGAAGUGGAGGGGCUGGGACUGGAACCAAUUGGACUCCAUUUAUAUUUCCUGCUAAUGCAUACCCUCGGAGGCAGCAGGUGAUGGCUCAAGUACUUGGGUUCCUGCCACCUACACGGGAGACAUGGAUUGAGUUAUAGGUUGCUGACUUCAGCCUGGCCUCGCCCUGGAUGAAAGAUCUUUCUCUCUCUCUCCCCGCCCUCUUCUCCCCCCAUUCAAGUAAAUAAAAAUAUAAAAUAACUUGAUGAAAUAUUAAAAUUAGGAACCAAAUUUUUGUACCAAAGUAAACAUUAAAUAUACACAUAUGCCCAAACACAUCUCCCUCCUUCCCCUCCCUUUCCUGCCUUCCUGGCUUCUUUGCCUGCCUUCUUUCCUUCCAGUGGAUUUUCUUGAAUGAGGUAGCAAGAGUAGACUGACAUCUUGUUAUUACUUCCCUUGUGCAGAAAUGAUUGGCAAUGUUGAGAUCCAGCCAUAAGCUCAUCAUUUCCUUUGGGGUAGCUCAGUGGGUAGAUGCUUCUUUUAUAGACCUUUGGUAGGAGUGUUAAACAGCAAAAUGGCUCAAUGUUGAAAGCAAGAGGUUCUUCAGUAAACAUUAGGGCAAACUACUGCUUGGGAUGCCUGCAUUCCGUAUGAGUGUGUGUGUGUUGAGCCCUAGCUUCUCUGUACUUCCUAUCCAACUUCCUGUUAAUAUGCCUAGGAGGCGAUGGAAGAUGCCUAGGGCUAAGGGUCCUAGCACCGAUGUGGGAGAUCAGGAUGGAGUUUUUGUUUCCUGGCUUUAGCUAGACCAACCUCUCCCUGGCUGUUGUGGCCAUUUGGGGAGUGAACCAGUGGAUGGAAGAUAUCUCUGCCUCUGCCUGCCUCUCUUUCAUUCUCUGUCUCUCUGUGUGUGUCACUCUGCCUUUCAGACAAACUUUUUAGAAAAAAGCAUUGCAUAUUCAAUUCUUGUAACAAAAGAGGUCCUUUUGGAAAGGGUAGUCACAGAUCUUACUAUGACCUAGGAGCGUUGAAAAAAUUUCACAAGGAUGGAAAAAAGAUUACUGCAGUUAGAGGGUAAUCCGCCUUGAGCUUUGUAUGCUCCUGCACAUCUUCCUAGGUGUGCCAAGAAUCUAAGUUCCUGGGCUGGUGUUGUGUUGUACCGGGUUAAGCUACUGUUUCUAAUACUGACAUCCCAUAUCAGAGUGCUGGAUUGAGCCCUGGCUGGUCCAAUUCUGAUCCAGCUUCUUGCUAAUAUGCUUGGGAAAGCAGCAGAAUGUGGCCUUAGUACUUGGGACCCUGCACCCAUGUGGGAGACCCAGAUGGGAUUCUGAGCUCCUGACGUACACCUGACCAGCCCCAGCCAUUACAGCCAUUUGGGGAGUAAACCAGCAAAUGGAGGAUCUCAUUCUCUCUGUGUCUCCCUCUCUCUGUCACUCUGCCUUUCAAGUAAAUAAAAAAAAAAAAACUGCUUAAUAUCCUUGUUCAUUCUGUCUGGGUCAUUUUUCAUGACUGUAACAAGAAACCUUGAGUAAGGAGGUCCUUGCUCGAGUACCAAGAACAGGUUUAGCAGAUUUGCUUUCUGCUUGCAAUGGAAGUGAUGGAUCCCCUGUAACACAUUCCAGUUGGGAGACAAAUGUCUCUGGACCUUCAGCAUUGCCUCUGUGGGUAAUGUGGGGCCCAGGACAACCAAUGUGAAUAUCCUGGCCAUCAUACUGCUCACCAUGCCACGAGUAGUACUCAUGUUAGACUUCUUUUGGAUCCAGGAAGUUCGUGUUUUCUGUCAGUAUCCACGAAGAAUAAGAGAUUAAUUUGUUAGCUUUAGUGUAAAAUCAAAUCACAGAUAAGACUACUGUAUAUUGAGAAUUAGAGAACUUUAUUCCUCUUCAAAGGAGUUUAUUCAAGGGUUUCCAAGAAUCAGGUGUUAGGAAGAGAACAAAGACCAGAGGUGUUACUGUUGUGUAGGAUAAGGAUAUUAAGCAAUAAAUAAAAGCAUUUGAGGGUGUAUUUUAUGUCUAAGUGGCUAUACAUAUACACCCAUUAUGGAGACAGUACUCUAUGUCAGGUUGGAAAAGGAAAGAAUAGUGGUGUUUCUUUUCUAAUAACUGUUCACCUCACCUUUAAGUGAGUUUAAGUUAUUCCAAGUUGUAAUGAACAGUGGCAUUAGCAGGUUUUCAUAAUCUGUGCAUGUGGCCUUAACAAUCAGGUGGCACACUUUAUUGUCAAGGUGGACGAAGCUUGUUUCAUUCUGAGAGUGACAUUUGCAACGUUUAAGCUGUUUUAGCCAUCUUAAUAUAGUUUCGUACCAAAGUUUAUACCGUCACUUUUGCAUGUCACUGGAGAGUAUAAAAACCUGGGGUGGGGAGGAAAUGUUCCAGUGAAAGAAGAAUGGAUUAGUAGGCCAAGCUUGUGGCAGGCAGCUCUAAGCCAAUGAUUAUGUAGAGACCAUCUAGGUUAUCACCCUCAUCCAGCAGUAUUCCCACCCUUUGAUUUGUUGGAUGACUCCUUGAGCAUAAUGAAGCCUCAAGAAUUGCAGCUUUUCAGAACAGUGAGCCACAGAACAGUUUUAUACUAAAGCUGAUGUCAUUAGAUUCUAGAGCUUGCUGUCAUCACAUUCUGCGUUAUUGCCAUGUUAAUUCCACGUGCAACUCAAGUAUUCAGUCUUCUGACCUGUUCCACCUACACAGGGCAUUUUACGGCUUAAGGAUGAUGGCCUAGAAGGGAAGGGAAGACUUAAUUUGGAUUAAAUUCAAUAUGGGAAAAUGCCUAAGUUGCUGCAAUAAGGACCAAAGUACUGCUGACUUCCUGAAGUAUGGAGUGUCUUCUAGCUCACAGUCAUUUGUCUCUGCUGAUUUUAAAACACCUCGUCCUUCUGCAGCGUAUAAAGUCAAUUCACCCAGAGGAAGUGCACCAUUAUCUUCUCUAUCAAAUACAUCUACCUGUUCAUUUCUCUCUGCAAAAAGACAUUCUAUAUCCAGCAGAUUUAAAAAGCGCUACACUUUCCCUAGUUGGCAGCAAAGUAGAGCUAACUUUGAGUCUCAAGAAGAUGAAAACGACCUUGAUUUUAAACCUUCUUCAGAGCCUUUUGCUGCCUUUCCAUCCCGAAGACGUUUCUCUUCCCGCAAACUCAGUGUUGUUUCCUGUUAUAAGAGUGCUAUUUUUUGGGAUCCUCGAGCAAGUGGUCAGGACAUGUUUAAUCUCAGUGAAAUGGAAAUCUUUUCUGAAAACCCAAAUAAUACUGAUACUGAAAGACAUAUAGCUUUCUCCCUUCCUGAAUUUAAUGGUAAAAAUCUUAAGGAUUUUGAAACAAGAACUACUUCAGAUAAUCAGAACACUAUUGGUGGAGUCACCUAUCAACAAAGUGCAGCAUCCUUGAAUUUUCCUCCAACAGUUGUUUCGUCUCCCAGUGAUAUUCAAGAAGAUAACCAGUAUAUUACAGCUAACACUGACACAGAAGAACCAAGUUUUCCUGUCUCUAAGGCACUUAACACACAUGUAGAGGAAUUAAGUUUAGAUGUCCUUCUUCAGAAGGUAGAUCAUUUACGUAUGAAUGAGUCUGACAAGCAGGAGAGUUUUGAACUACUUUGUGACCACAAAGAAAAGUUUAAGGAUGAAGUAGAGUUUAUGUGGCGAUUUGCUCGUGGUUAUGGAGAUAUGUAUGAGAUGUCUACAAAUACACAAGAAAAGAAACAUUAUGCCAAUAUUGGAAAAACUUUAGGUGAAAGAGCUGUUUCCAGAGCACCUAUGAAUGGACAUUGUCAUCUGUGGUAUGCAGUUUUGUGUGGCUAUGUAUCUGAAUUUGAGGGUUUACAAAACAAAAUCAACUACGGGCAUUGCUUCAAGGAACAUUUGGAUAUAGCAAUCCAACUUCUACCUGAAGAACCCUUUUUGUAUUACCUCAAGGGAAGAUACUGUUAUACUAUCUCAAAACUCAGCUGGAUUGAGAAAAAAAUGGCUGCCACUCUGUUUGGAAAAAUACCGUCUUCAACUGUACAAGAAGCUUUGCAAAACUUCCUUAAGGCUGAAGAACUACACCCUGGUUUCUCUACAUCCAAUUACAUGCACUUGGCAAAGUGUUAUAUUGAUCUUGACCAAAACCAGGAUGCUUUGAAGUUCUGUGAUUUGGCACUACUGCUUCCUAGUGUUACAAAAGAGGAUAAAGUAACACAGAAAGAAGUGAAAAAAUUAAUGGCUUCCUUGAAGAGGCUGCUUGACCUUGGAGAAGACAGAAUAGCUGCAGACUGUUCCUGAAAUGAGAGUUUCUCCUGCUGGGUCGCUAAGACCAAGCUAAUGGCCUCACAGAUGAAGUACACAGACUGUUAACCUCUCAAGAGAUUUCAUGUAGGAGGGGUCUUCACAAAGCUCAUGGAAAAUACAUAUUAUGAAAAAAACGAUGCAUGGAUUUGAAAAUGUUUGCACCAAAAAUAAACUCAUACUAAGUUUUAGAGCAUGUCUGAACAGGGCCUAGUUUCAGUACCUAAGAAGGAAAAGACAUCAAUUUGAAAAGAGCCCCUGGGGUGGGUGAUUGAGGUGGUGGUUAAGCUGCCACAUCCUGUACUGGAAUGCUUGGGUUUGAGUCCCAGCUUCACUCCUGACUCCAGCUUCAUGCCAAUGCACAACCUGGAAAUUAGCAAGUGAUUGUUCAAGUAACUGGAUCCCUGCCACCCAUGUGGGAGAUCUGGAUUGAAUUCCAUGUCUUGGCUUAGAUCAGGUCCCAGCCUCAGUAAUUAUAAACAUUUAAGGAGUGAACCAGCAGAUGAAAACAUUCUCUCUCUCUCUCUCUUUCUCUCUCCCCCCUCCUCUCUCUCUCUCAAAUAAAUAAAAUUUUAAAAGAGCCCCAGCAGAACAAGAGGAAAUCUGCUAAAAUGGAAGCAAGAGCAAACACCAAACGGUGAAAUUAUUGAUGAAGAACGGUGAAGUUAUUGAUGCUUUACAAAAAGGUUAUAGGGUCAAUGCCCCCAAAGAAAACAGCUUGUAAAUGAAAAACAAGAAAUGGGGCCAGCAUUGUGGUGCAGUGGGUUAAGCUACCAUUUGCAAAGCCAACAUCCUGUGUUAGAGUACCAGUUUGAGUCCCAGCUGCUCCACUUCCUUUCUAGCUUAUGUAGCUGGGAAGGCAGCAAGGCAGCAGAAAAUAGCCCAGAUGCUUGGGUCCCUGCCACCAAGGAACUCAUGGAUGGAGUUCCUGGCUCCUCUUUUCAGCCUGGCCCAGCCCUGGCUGUUGCACCCAUUUGGGAGUGAACCAGCAGAUGGAAGAUCUCUCCUUAUGUGUCUCUGUGCUCCAUCCCCUAUUACUCUGCCUUUUGAAUGAAUAAAUAAACCCUUUUUUAGAACUAGUAGCCAGAAGGUUAAAAUCCAGGUGAGACCAUGUCACUUUUCUUUGAACCAAAAUAAAGCAGAAGGAACAGGAUGACGUUGAAGAUAAAGCCUGCAGUGACAGACCAUCCACAUCCAUUUGCCAGAAAAAAAUUAAUUUUGUUCAUGUCCUGAUUGAAGGAGUCUGACAGUUAACAGCAGAGUCAUUUGCCAAUGCUAUAGACAUCUCAAUUGGUUCCUCUUACACAAUUCUAGUGGAAAAAUUAAAGUGGAGCAAACUUUGCAUUCAAUGGAUGCCAAACUGUUGUACCCAGAUCAGCUACGGAGAAGAGCAGAGCUUUUGAUGAAACUUUUACAUAAGCACAAUUAAGAUCAUGCAGCAUUUCUUCAAAGCAGUAAAAGAGAAGAAACAUGGCUUUACCAGUAUGAUCUUGAAGACAAAGCACAAGCAAAGCAAUGGCUACCAAGAGGUAGAAGUGGUCCCAUCAAAAUGAAAGUCUGUCAGUACAGAGCAAAGGUCAUGGCAACAGUUUUUUUGGUAUACUCAAAGCAUUUUCUUGUUGACUUUUUGAAGGUCCAAGGAGAACAAUAACACAGACUUAUUAGGAGACUGUUUUGAAAAAGUUAGCCAGAGCUUUAGCGGAAAAAUGCUCAGGGAAGCUUCAUCAGAGAUGACUCCACUACAACAGUACUUCUGCUCGCUCCUCUCAGACAAGGGCAAUCUUGCCAGAGUUUUGUUGGGAAACCACUAGGCAUCCACUUUACAGUCUUAAUUUAGCCCCCUCAGACAUCUUUGUACUUCCUAACCUUAAAAAAUCUUUAAAGGGCACUCAUUUUUCUUUAAUUAAUAAUAUAUAUUUUAAAAAGACUGUGUUGACAUGAUUAAAACCCCAGGAUCCUCAGUUCUUUAGGGACAGACUAAGUGGGUAGUGUAACUUACAAACAUGUCUUGAAUUUGAUGUAAUUUACAUAAGAAACAAACCUUUUUUUAUUUUAAUCUUUGAAUUCCAUUUUGCAUGAACAUUUUGAAUCCCAUUGUAUGGUUUUAGAAAUGGAUAGUUCUGAUCCAGAACUCUGAAUAUACUUAUUUUCAGAAAAAUCAAAGUAUAGUACAGUUUUUCAUAAGAGAUUUAAGAGGUGACAAUGUUUCACUAAAAUUUUAGCCAGUGUGCUGUCCAUAUAAUUUCAAUGUUAUCUUCCUCAAAAUCCAUGCCACAUCUCAAGUGUGACAAAAAUUUGUAGGAGGGGGAAGCUUUUCAUUUGGUAAUAUUUUAUACUUUCCAAUCAUAAAGAAACAAAAGAUGGACUAUAAAGACAACCCUCUACACCAAACAGACUUCUCAUUUUACCAAUAAAUAGAUUUUCAAAGAUUAUUUAUUUGAAAGUCGGGAUUACAGAGCGAAAAGGAGAAACAGAUAUCUUCCUUCCACUGACUCACUUCUCAAAUGGCCACAAUAGCUAGGGCGGGCCCAGGCUGGAGCCAGGAGCCUGGAACUCCAGGUCUCCCAUGUGCGUGGCAAGGGCCCAUGCACUUGGGCCCUCCCCUGCUUUCCAAAGUGCAGUAGCAGGGAGCUGGAUCAGAAGCAGAACUGCCGAGACUCAAACCAGAACUCAUAUGGGUUGCCAGCGUCAAAGGCAGUAGCUUAAUCUGCUACACCACAAUGCUGAGCUCUACCAAUAAAGAGUUUAGCCCUGAUUUAUAAAGACCAUGGUCAAGAUUAGAGAACUGUGCUGGAUUAACCAGGACUGAGUUUUGGAAUCUCAUGUCUUCUGCAUUCUUCUUUGAGCCUAGGGCUACUCACAUUUAGUUGGCUGGAAUCCAAUGUGCCUGGCAGGGAAUAGGCGCUCUGAGAAUGUUAAUACUUACACGAUGUAUGCCUAUUCUAAGUACUUUUCCUAUGCUAACUCAUUUCGUCAUCACAACAACCCUGGGAGGAAGGAAUGUUUCUUAUUGUACCUUUUAUAGAUAAAGGGGCUGAAGCAUGGGAUAGUAAAUACACGCCUAACACAGUGAGCAAGGAAUGUGAACUUGCACAGAUUACUCUAGGGUCCAUGUAGUGCUGGGAGCAACUACACAAUCUCACCAGCAACCAAGGAGUUGGGGAUUUGGAGAGUAAGAGACAGUAGAAGGAGAGCAAAAAUAAAAAAGGAAAGGGAAAAAAGUAAGAGGGAUUUAAAAGUAGAAGAGGACCCUAUCCCCCUCUCUCCCUCUUUCUCUGUAACUCUGCCUUUCAAAUAAAUUUUUUAAACUUUACACAAUAAAACUAGAGACUAAUGGUAAGAAAAGUAAGGAGAAAAACAAAUAAUAAUCUUAGGGUUUUUUGGAUAUUAGUAUACGUUGUCUAGUUUCAAUUCAUAAAUUUUCAACAACUAUUGUGUAUCUUUCUUCAUAUAUCCAAUCUUCUAAUACCCCACCCCCUUGCCAAGAUGAGGAAAGAGAAAGAAAAGAGGUGGUGAAGCCUGAUUUUAAAGACUUGUCUACAUGGUCUGUGUGAGUUGGGGAGCGCUUCAUUAUGGGUGUUGUGAUCUGGUGCUUGGACACUUGAUAAUAAUAGCUUAUUUCACACUUAAUGCACGGUACAUUUUAGAACCAAGUAAAGUUAGUAUCUUGAAGUUCUGAGAGUUUUGGAACUCUCAACCUGUAUUUUGCUUUAGCUUCCUAGAACCAAAUUGUAAGUUUUGGCUUUUAGAAAAUAUAUAUUGUAUUAAAUAUAAUUGACUGACAAAUAACUGCAUAUAUUUAAAGUGUGUAAUUUGAUUGAUUGUGACAUGUGUAUAUCCAUGAAACCAUCACUGCAGUCAAUUUUCCUCACCUCAAAGCUUCUUCAUGGCCCCUUUUUAAUCUCUCUCUGUGAUUCUGUACACUCCUCCCAGUGCUUUCUGUCAUUAUGGAUCACAUAUUUCUUAAUUUUAUAUAAAUCAAAUUAUUUACCAUGUACAUUUUUCUGUCUGACUUCUUUUACUCAACAUGAUCAUUUGGGAAUUCAUCCGUUCCAGGGCAUGUACUAAUAAACAUUCCUUCUUGUUGCUGAAUAGUGUUGUAUUAGAUGGAUAUACCAGUUUGUUUCUCUACUCACCUAUUGUUGGAUAUUUGAGCUGUUUGCAGUAUUUUAUUUUGAAAAAUAAAUCUUCUAUGAACCUUCA